UAUCAAUGCAUUUUCAUAAAAAUUAAAAACAGUUUUUAAUUUUGCAGAUUUGUCAUUUGGAUCGCAUUUCAAAGCCAAGCAGUCCUUUGCCUGUCUUAUGUGUCCACAUGUGAGUCAGUGUAAAAGCAAGUUUGUCAGGCACUUGCGUAAGCACACGGGAGAAAAGCCAUUUGUCUGUGAUGUUUGUCAAAAAACAUUCAGUAGAGAUGAUAAACUAAAAUCACAUUAUAUGUCAAUGCAUAGUGAAAGUUUGUCACUUAGAUUGCCUCUUAAGGACAAGCAGCCCUUUGCCUGUCUUAUGUGUCCAUAUGUCAGUCAGUAUAAAAGCACUUUCAUGAGGCACUUGCUUAAGCACACUGGGGAAAAGCCAUUUGUCUGUGAUGUUUGUCAAAAAACAUUCAGUAGAAGGGAUAAACUAACAUCUCAUUAUAUGUCAAAGCAUAGCGAAAAUAAUCCAUUUGUUUGUUCAAUUUGUCAAAAGACAUUCAGUAGAAAUGAUAAAUUAAAAGAUCAUGAAAAGUUAGGACGAUGUCAUCAUGUUAAUGGUUUGAGCCCAAAUGCUGCAUAUUUGAUAAACUAAAACCUCAAUAGAUGUCAUUUCAUAGUGCAAUAAAAAAAUGUGUGUGUGAUAUUUUUCAAAAGUUAUUCACUUGAAUAGAUAAUAUAAAAUUUCAUUAUCAAUGCAUUACAGAAUUAAGCCAUGCACAAAGAGCCUUUGCUCAAAAGAUAAAUUGCCGCAUUUGGGUGAUGGCCUGUUAUUUGUAUGAGAGCAAGUAUGCCAGCUUCGUGAUUAAAUAAUAAAUCAAGAUAAAAUUAAUUUUGAUUGGAGUAAGUUUAAAUUGUUUGUAAUUUCAGGUUAUGUAAUGUGGCAAUCUAAUUAUGUUGUAAAAGGAUUGCAUUACAUGUAAACCAAUUGUUUUGUUGUUCUGAAUUUAAGUCAACAUUAUGUACUAAAUCUGUUCUCACAUAAUUUAGUAUUUAUUUUUAUCUUCAAAUAGAUUCUGUAAUUCACAUGUCUACAAAUUUACCGUAACUUGUUUUGUAAUUUAAUAAGUGUAUUUGUUUUAAUUUAUUUACAUUAAUUAUUUAUAAUAAUGAUUAAUUAUUUAUUCUAGUAAAUAAUUAUAUAUUUAUAGCUCAUCCAUAUAAAUAGAAUCUACCACAUUUUUCUAAUUGCAGUGUUAUGUUUAUAUUGGCUUACAUUUGCUACAUAAUAUUGGCUUUCUAUCCAAAAAGGUUUAUGCAUUUCUGAAAGUAAAUUUUUGUUUUUUUUAAACUGGCAAAAUUAGUAAUUUUUUAAAGAUUUGCAAAUUUUGCUUCAUUUUAAUUAUCUUUCAAUUUCAAGUCAUACUGAUGUGUUUGUAAAACCAGUUUUACUGAUGAGGAAUUCCAUUUUAAUUUCGAGAAAUUAUCGGCUUUGGUAUAUUUCUUCAUGUUGUGGCAGCAAAUGUUCGGUUGUGUUUCAACAUUUUAGUGUUAUAUAACGCAGGCUUGUGUACUUUUUGUGUUUUGUAUUCAUAUUAAUUAGUUUUUAACUUAAGUACUGUCUGCAGAAAUGAGCUUUCAAAGAGACUGAAAGGCUCUCUUAUCUUAUAAAGUAAAAAUGUUUUAGCUAAAACUAAUCCAAGCUGAAACUAAUUUUUAGUUCAUCGCUAUAUUGUGAAGCCAAAAAAUUGUCUUCAUUUUAGAAUUAAACGAACGAAUUUGUUACUAUCAUGACUGUUGUUGCCAACAAGUGUAGUGUUAAGGAAUCAUCUCUUGAUUGUCGUAUACUAUUUUCACCCAUAUUCAGGCUAUUUUCACGUAAUAUUUUGGAAUUUACAAGGAUGAAAAAAAAGAAUAUUAGAACCCAAACUAUCAACUCUACAAACUUAACUCUGUGAAUUGCUUCUUUAGAGUAAUUAUUCAUCUGCAAAAAAUGAUUGUUAUCUGCAAAAGUUCCUAAUCAUGAUGUGCCAAUAAAUGUUUACUAUUUCUGGAAUACAGUAACCCAGCAAUAUAUAUCACUAGCAACUAAAAACAAAUACAACAAAAGACAUUAUAACAUAAUAAUUGAAAUAACAGACAAAUAAAUAAUGCAUAAUUUAUUCAGAAUUAAUUUAUUUAUUGAUUGAUUGUGACUUUUAUACUGGAUCUACAAUAAUUAAAUGCUUGCUUGAUUAAUAACUUCAUACGC